AUUUCAGGACUUUAGUCUCCCAGUAGCUGGAAUACAAAGCAGCAGAAUAAGAAGAGUUCUAACUGGGACAAAGCAUAUUUGUAGCAUAACUCCAGCAUUCGCAGGCACUGAAUCUUAAUGAAAGACAGAGAGGUGGAAGACAUCCAAGGAAAAGCAAAACACCACUUCAUCUCUCAGUUCAAACAGAACAAACUGGCUAGCUGAAAACCCUGACACUCCAGCCCCAAAGACACCCAGACGGAAGAAGCCUUCAUUCUUUGCAGUAUGGCCAACAUUGCAAGAUUCCUGCUUAGAUGCUUUCUUACAUUUGCCCUGUUUUUUCUAGCCUAUGCUGGUGCAAGACCACGAGAAGAUUCCCUGGCUUCGGCUGAUGAACCCAUUUCACAAAGGAAAAUGCUUCUAUUUCACAGAUCAGUCCAAGAUGCAGACCUGAUGUACGAGUUGUUAAUGGGAGGCCUGGUAAUUGAAGAUGAUGGCACAAUGAAAUUGCAGGAUGAAGAGCUGGCUUCUUUGCGCAGUGCAAAGCCAUUCAUCUCCAUUCUGAUGCAUGUCUCUAGAACACCUGACAAUAUCAAUCAGUUACUGACAAAACUCUCACGGACUGAAGAUCCCAUGGAGAUGGUGGACUAUGAGAAGGUGGUUUUCAGUACCGUGUAUACUGCACUACGUGCAAAAAUGAGCAAUGGGCCAGAACAACAGCAGUGGGCAGAGCUAUGCGUCCGCCUGGCAAAUCAGACCCUGAUCGAUCUGCACAGGGAGUCACUGCUCUACGGAUAUAAGAAGGUUAAAUUCCUGAGAAGGGUGACACCAGAUGUAUAACAGGGAUUGCAGAACAAUGCAGGCAGGACUUCUGGUAUUGCCUGCAGUGUAAGAACAGUACAAACCAACUCAAUUAGCUCCCUGGAGAUGUUCAACUGGUCCACCUCCAGCAGUUUAUUUUCUCUCUUCUAACAGAUAAAAAUAUUGUUUUUAUAUGCAGUGUACAUUCUGUUUAAAUGGUAUAAUCCUAACCUAGUCAACCUAAUAAAUAAUGCAAGUACAGAGAA